AUGUGGAACUUCGCUGACCAGACCAAGGAGGGACGCGGCCGGGACUUCAGCGGGAAGCAGCUGACUGAGGACUCGGAGCGGACCCCCGUGCUAGAGCCGUGUCCUCCGGCCGACGACUUCUCACGCAACAGAGCAGCCAAGCCCUUGGUGGAAUGGAACGAGGAACGCAUGUCUGUUCGGGUUCGCACCAAGGAGCUGCUCAAGUACCGGCCUGAAGCCCAGUAUAAGCCUAUUCCGAAUUUCUGCGAGGAAUGUACCGUCUACGCCAAGGCACGACAGGCUGCCGGCGACGAUGAUUUUGACUUCAUCACCUCCUCACUUUUCGCCGAGUCAGUCGAUGGAGAGGGCACUCUUCAGGUGUAUCAGAGCCUCUUCACCGCGGGAGUAAAGUCCGUAGGCAAGACUCUUGAGGCCAAGACCACAGCAUCCUCCAAGCCCAAAAGUGUCGGUGCCCAGCCUUCCAAGCCCGCCAUUUCGAAAACCAAGGGCAACUAUAAAGCACCCACUGUUGAGGAUGAAGCCAGUACCCCCUUCCAUCGGCGCCUCUCCAGAACACCAAGUCCCGUAAGCAAGAGAUCAAAAAUCGUAUCGGGUAGCAGCGGCUCGCGUGUUCGCUUCGACUCGCCGGACUCUUCAGACUCUUCGGAUUAUUCUGAAAGUGAUUCUGAGGGUGAUCCCGAUGAUGAUCCUGAGAGAUAUUAUUUUGAGAGAUAUUAUUCUGAGAGUGAUUCCGAGAGUGAUUCUGAGGGUGAUCCUGAGGGUGAUCCCAAUAACGACCCUAACGGAGAUUCUGAGAGUGAUUCUGAGAGUGAUUCUGAGAGCGAUGAUGAGAGCGAUGAUGAGAGUGCCUCUGAUUCUGGCUCGAGCUCUGGUUCCAGCUCCGACGAGGAAACUCCUGGGGAGGCGAACCGUGAUCAACUCGCUUUUGAGAACUCCAACGUACCAGCCCCUGUUCCUUCAGGCCAAUUCUUUGCCACGCACCAAGCUCAAGGCAACAGUGGCAAUGCGGCCGGUGGAUUUGAAGCUCCAAGACCCCGCGUAUUCUCCACCGGCACCUUUGGAGGCGAGUACCCAGAUGAAUCCUCUUCUAGAAUGCCCACGUACGGUGAUGGCUUCCUGGAGGCGGCAUGCCUAGAGGUGAUGUACCUUAUGGCACCAUCCUCACAACGCCGUUCCGGGAGAAAUGGAAAGGGCCCUGAAUCGGGCUAUUCCGGACAGCGAUACAAUUGGGCACCUCCUUAUAUGAAUGAGGAUGGAGAGGAAACCAGGUAUCCAUUUGACACCAGCUCGUUCGAAGCCUGGUCGAAGCAUACCAGGGCUUGGCCAUGGACUGGCAACGUGGAUGGGAAAAGUGCCUUUAACAACGAGAGACACACAUCCCAGUCCAUGGGCCAGGACUACGAUACCCGUCAGAACUACGAUACCCGUCAGGGCUACGAUGGCCGUCAGGACCACGCUGGCCGUCAGGACCACGAUGGUGGCCAGGACUACGAUGGCGGCCAGGACUACGAUGGCGGCCAGGACUACGAUGGUGGCCAGAACUAUGAUGGUGGCCAGAACUAUACUGGCGGCCAGGACUAUGAUGGUGGCCAGAACUAUACUAACGGCCAGGACUAUGAUGACGGUCAGGGCUACGACGGCCACAACGACUAUGGUUAUUUCAAUAGCUCAGAGGGGCCCUCGGAACAACACGGCCACGGCCACUACACUUCCGAGUACGGCACAUCGCACGGGGACUCGUACUACCCGCGGCAAGAUAUGCCGGACAAUGGCCGGCCCGCAUUUGGCAGGCCCAGAGACGAAUCACGGAUGGCCCUAGGACCUAUUAACACGCAAACGGCGAUCUCUACUUUUGUACGGGAUUCGGCCCAUAGCGAAGCCGGGUCCAGUGUUGGCGAGAUGCACUAG